AUGGCUUCAUUAAUUUUUUUUAACAAAAAUAGGUAUAUUUUUAUUCCUUUUAAAUUACUAAUUUUCCUUUCUUUCGUUCCGUUUUUUUUUCUCUCUCUUUCUCAUUCUGUCACUUAUAUUGCUUACGUUCUUUUUCUUUUUUUUGUUAUCUCUCUACCGUCUCUCAUUUUCCUCCGUAACUCCUGUCUUUCCUCCUUUGUAUUCUCCCUCUAUACUCUCUUUCUUACAGUCGCUUUACUCUCUCUCUUCCUACUCACGAACCAUCUUUUUCAUUGUUUCUUAUUAACUUUCCAUUUUUCUUUAAUUUUGCUUACCACCAACCUUGUCUCCAUAUUUCUUCAAGUAAGGCACAUUAACUGCAAAACCACAUCUACAAGACUUAAUAUGAAUGGAUUGCAAGUACCUGAGCUACAGCAGGUUUCCUCUUAUUCAUUGUUUCUUUUCGGUAAAAUUCAUGGUAAUGAUAAUGUUAAAAUUAAUUUUUCCCUGUUCCAUUAA